AAUGCUUCGUAUAUCGUUGAAUUAUUUUCUUAAAUAAGAUUGUAACUAAUAUCGAAAUUAAAUUCUCUAUAAUUAUUACAAUUAAUACAUACGAGUAUAUCAAAUAUAGAGAUAGCAUUGUUGUCAUAAGUAGUGUAUGAUUUUAGCCUUGUGUAAAUGUUGAGCGAAUCGUAUUUUCGUGCGUUACUCUCUCUUACAUUAUAAUAAAGAGCGUAUUUCGUGCUCGAUUCGCGAUCGGGAGUGCCGUGCAAAGUGUCUCGCGAUCGUUGCGUAUGUAAUUAAUCAUGAUUAAUCGUGUUUUCGCGAGUGAGUGUAAGUGCCAGAAGGAACCAGUGAAGGAUGAACAAGAGAGGAAAAGCAUCGAGCAACGGUAUGCAAUGAGGAUAGAAGACUUUGAAACAGGAUAUAUGAGGAGCAGCCCGCGAUUGGGAGCCAUGGAGGAAGAAGAGGAGCAGGAUGAGGAGCGCGAUAUUUAUAUCCCAAUCAUGAAGAGGCACAGACGAGACGAGGAGAAGGAAAGAGACGUGACUUUUUUCAGCGGAAAAAGAAAAGAAAUGGAAUUGAGACACGAUCGUUCGAAUACCUAUAUAAUUUAUCCGCCCACGAGGGACGCCGUAUAUGUUCUCGUCAUGAUAUACGUUAACGAACGUCGCGAGAUAUCGAAACAGAAGUCAGCAUCCGACGAUACUAGGCGAAGGAGUCAUUUAGUAGAGAACGAGCGAUGAUGGAUAGUUAAAAUCGACCGUCCCGUCUGUCCGGAAUCGCCGCUGCGGCCUCGAUAUAAACGAGAGGCUGAUCGCGCAGGUGACGCCGCCGGCGCGGCGGAUCUCCUCCACUAAUCACCAUCGGUUUUAGAUUAUUCUCAAAUAAUGACGGGGCUUUCUAACGGCCGGCGAAUGCACGAAUCGA